CCUGUUUUGUAGACAUUACACAAACAUGACUUGCCGGUUAUCUCGCAGAAUAUUCUACGAAUAUACAGUUUGCGCGAGCACACAGUCACUCGAAUAAAUUACUCAAGAAAAUUGUUGACUGACCUUUUGAAAAACUUUUACAUUAACCUAAAAGAUCUAGUAGGACUCCGGUACAUCAUGAAGAUUUGCUUGGCAGUGUCGACAUUUCUAUUUCUGUCAUAUGGCACUAGUCCCGCAAAGGGCGACCUGUUCUGCCAUGUGUGCAACUCCAUUACCCAAGAUACUAUAACAGCCUGUCCAAAUGAAUCUCAGUAUACUUCACGAAAUUGUACCAGUUUACUACCGCGAGCGAGGUUCUGUGUGAUCCUGAACGGAAACUACACGACAGUGACCAGCAAACAUCCCCAAACAGCGCUCGGGCCCCGCCGAACAUGCCAGUUUGAUUUGGACCGCUACGAAAUCUUUGAUACACCACAUCUACAGCCAGGGUGCCGUGAAGUGAACAUCACGAAAACCAAUUAUCUGGCAUUCGAUUAUUUUCAUUUUGAUGGACAAAUCUGCCUGUGCGAUGAAGACAACUGCAACACGGGAGACCGCGGAGUUAUGCGUACCACGACACGAACUCCGCGAGGCAGAAAUACCGGACACACUUUGGUUGUCAUUCCGGCAUUCUUGGUGUUUGCCUUGGCUGUGUUGCUUGGUCUUAUUUAACAGGAAAAAAUUAAUAAAGGAAUUUCCACCGUUAUAAACUGUAAAAAA